AUGAUGCUUCUCGCCGCAGGGUUGCACGAUCUGGCACAAAUCCAUAGCUUCCUCAAAGACUCUGACACUGCAGCAGGGCUGCUGCAAGAGGCCGUGUCUAUCGUGGAAAAAGCUGACAAAACGGAACAUCGUGUAUGCCAGUAUUUUCACGACGUGCUCAAGCGUCUGCGUGCGCGGCAGCAACACCGGUCGACAGUCCGUGUUAGAGAGCCGGAUGAGGCCGCGAAAAACAAGAGUGACGAUGACAUUAAGAAUCCAGGCGCAGUAUCGCGCGCGCGGCCUAAAGACGAAUCAGCUGAACACACUCCAUCUAGGAUAUCGACGCUGUCGACACUCGGGUCUCUCUCGUCGUCGGAGUGUGACAAACGUAGAGACGCACUUUCAGCGUCCAUUGGCGUCGAGGUAAAGCCUAAUACGGAGUGUGGAUAUGGGGUAACUCCCUCGUCGAGGAACAUGGGGGCUGAGAGUACCGUUAGCAUCACCGAAGUAUUCUCCGCUUCCGCUUCUUGUCCCAGCCGCGUACCAAAAGCUGCUCUUCUCAGCUCGGGCGGAAAACGCAAACUCAGUCGAGCACCCAGUUCGAAUCGAGCCUUGCCAUUCGUUGAACCAAGCACGGCACCUCAGUCGCCGUCUGUAACUUCUGUAGUCGCCCCUCGACUUUCCUCUUCAGCUGUAUCUGCAGCUGAUCCUCUCUCGCUUCAGACGUCGUCUGGACCUUCGCAUCAGUCCGUCCUUCCAUCGUCUGUGACUCCCACUUCUCUUUCCUGCAACGACAUGUCUGCCGCAUGGUCACCAUCUACAAACGUGAAAAUGGAGGUCUUUUCAGAAACAUGCGCCCCAGGCAGCGUGAGGGCAGAGGCGCUCGUCGGAUCCCUGAAGCGCUUGGCGUCAGCGGCUGGAAGAGCCUCGGGACGGCGAAACCCUCGCUGGCCUCGAGGCGUGUUCAGACCCUUCGUACGGGGUUCUACAAUGCGCGCUAGCGCUCUCACAGCUACCGGCAAAGGUCGUGUUGGGCGCGCUAGCGCGGUUCAGACGCGAACCCCUGCCGAAACGGGUUGCGGCAGCGUUGGCGGAUGUGCGUUUGACGAUGGGAUCGCUGAUUUGCGAGGCACUACGGGCGUCGCCGCUUGUGCCAGUCCAGAGAGAUCUGCGCACAACUGCGCCAUCGCUGGCAGGUACGCCGAACUCGAAAAAGGCAGGAGGUGCAGCGUUUUUGGCAGCCCUGGGAACAGCAGAAGUGGGAGUCGCGGUGACGCCGGAGAAGGGCUUCUGAAGAAUUGCUGGCUGACACCCCGUACGAGGCAGAGCUACGAAUCCCUGCUAGACGUCGCGGACCUCUUGAAUCGCGGGGAGUGCACUUCACCAGCAGCGGGACACAGGCGAGGCGGUGGAAGAUGCGAGACACCCUUAUCCGCUGGGCGGCAGCCGCUGAAUGCGCCGACAAGAGCGGUCAGCGGCCUAAACCUCUGCUGUUUGGGAGCUUCGUCUGCAGCAGCCAGCCCUCCCUCGGAGUCGUAUGCAGAGGCUAAUGAAGACAGGGUCCAGCAAGUCUCACCGGCCAAAGGAACACUGCGAAAGGCUCUGAGCUCGAGUGCGAAUCAAAAAGGAAGCACACACGCCAGGGCAAAGCCACUGACUCGGCGUCGCCUCAUAGAGUGCUGCGCUCAACCUGAAUGCCGAGCGACGUGUGAGUCCAGUGAGCUGAGCGAAGAGGCCGACAGCAGCUCAAAUCUGCGCAGCCGACACCUGGGCUACCCCUCUCCCUCCUCCUCAGCUUCCUCCUCCCCUUCUCAGCGCAUGUCGUCGCCCGACAGUAGCGACGACAGCUUCUCUCUGGGUUGUCGACAGCCAGUCAUCCGUCCACUGGACCAGGAAGGCAACACGGCAUCCAGCGACGUGUUGAAAUCCCGAGGUGCUGGCGGAAGAAGCUCUGCGACAUCUUCGACCCCGACAGCCACGGGAGCGUUGCAGGCUUCGCUGAGCUCUUCAAAGCCGUCUGAGGCGCUCGAGCAGCCUGCAGAAGGGUCGAAAGAAUGUCAGCAGGACAAGCCCGCGUCCGCCUGCUCUGAAGUUACGGCGGUUUGUCACUUUUGCGGUGUCGCGGAAAUUCUUCACUGGCGUCGAGAACGGGCGCCCGCACAGCACACGGCGCCUCUAGGCUGCUCCGUCGCUGAGACCCUUGGACGUUACAGCCGAGGCGGCGGAAAGUUGGGGGAAACAGGAGUCGAACUCAUGAAGGGCGCGCGGGAGCUCCCCCGACCCCCUGUACGUACAGUGGAGCGACGGAGGUGUGCGUGUCGAGUGACAUUUUAUCGCGAUAUGACGUGGAAAGUGAUCGUGAACCCUUUAAAAUCGCUCGCAAGCGCGGACCUGGAAGACCGACACGAGGGCUCUACGCCUGGGGCAAACCGCUGUUGCGGAAACGAGAGUCGACGGCGAAGGGGAAGGCCACAAGAGAUAGACGAUAGGCUCGAUCUUUCGGCGCAGCUUGAACUUACCGGCCGCAUGAGGACGCUGGAGGGCGUGGGGCAAGGGGAACCAGGCAGAGAGGCAAGCAGUCCACCGUUGAGCGAGGACGAGAAGCCUGGGGCGCGGAGAGAUUCUUCCGCGCCGUACUCAGAGGAACACACCGGACCCCCUGCCACAGCCUCACGACCCGCGCGUGGCUGCACCGCGACGAUCGCUCAGCUUCGCGAAGAGGCGAACUCCAUUAUUCAACAUCUCCUUAUCGACCAGCAGGCAUGUCCCGACGGCGCCAGCCCCUCCAAACCUGAGAACAACGCGAGACGCCGGAUGCAGACAGAAGGCUCCACGACCUCUGCAGCCCGCUCAUCGGCCGCGGCGACGAGCCCUUCAGACAGGCAAAAUGGGGAUGCAGAGCAGAGAGAAAUCGGCGGAGGGCGCAGGGCUGGGGCGUCAGAUGGAGGGCUAGAGGCGGAGGCGACGCAUGCGCGACAUGCCUCAGCAGCUCUCAGACUUCAUGAGUAUUUGGUCCAAAUCGACAGACCUCCCGUACCGCUCAUGUUUGUGCUCGGGCCCCUCAUAUCCUGA